AGCAGUGCUCUGGGAGAGGGAAGAGAAGCUGCCAACACUUGACGAUGAAACACGAAACAGCGCUUGUGACCACAACGUUGCUGCCUCAAAAAUAGAUGUCGAUGGACGUCCGACAAAGUAUGUAGAUUGUUUUUGCCAUAAAGGGUGUCUUCAUCUCAUUUACUGCUUGACGUAAACAACCGAAAUGGUAAUUUUUCCUUUCAUAAUUUUACCAACUUGCAAAAAACAAAUGUAGGUUAGACGAUGUGUCGCCGAGUUUGAAACUGCGCGCGCCUCUGAAAGCACCCAUGUUGACCAACGUUUGGAUGCGCGCAAUGUUCCGAUCACACACAGAGUUCCGUAUCAAUCUCUGUGCUAUUGCGGGGUGGCUUAAUACUUUUGACUUUUUUCGUGAGAAUGAAACUUAAACGACCCUCACAGCAGACUUUUCGAUAAACCGGUGGUUUCAAACAUAAGAAAGACGAUCAGCUCUGUCAUGUUGGUGUGAUCACGAUAUUGAUUGUUUGGCUUGGCGUCUGCCAGCUGUCGUCUGCAGUCCCUGUGUUUUUCCUCCCCAUCUGUUCACGGCUAAGCGGUAGAAAUUGAAUCUCCGAAGAAUAUUGCAGGUUGGGGGAGGAUGACGGGAAAACUGUUGGGGGAUUCAGUUGCCAAGCCCAAAGCGCCAUCAGAUGUAAGCAGCGAUGAUGAGGGUCAGGCGAUGUUGUCGGGAGAGCUCCACCAAGAGCCCCAGGGUCGAAGGCGCAAGCCAAAUCCCUGGGGCUUCAGCAUUUAUCAACGCCACCUGCCGAGCUGGUUGCCUCAGCGGUUUGCUCUGUGUGUGUUGGCUCAUCUUGGAUUUGUCCUUCUGUACAUUAUGAGAAGCAACAUGAGUGUUGCUGUUGUGAGGAUGACAACCCCAUAUGCUGUUCUGGAAAAUGAUCAUUUGACUACGCGGCUCGACUUUGACUGGACGCUACCACAACAAGGGUUUUUACUGAGCUCUUUCUUUUUCGGGUACAUAUUGACCCAAAUACCUGGAGGAUACCUAGCUUGUACCUGGGGUGGUCGUAGAAUCUUUGGGCUUGGUUUGUUUGGAGCUUCUCUGGUGUCGAUCUUAACUCCAAUGAUUGGUAUAUCUAUUGGAUUCUAUGGUUUUGCCAUUGCACGAUUCUUUUGUGGAUUUUUUGAGGGAGUAACAUAUCCUGCCAUCCAUUCCAUGUGGAAUCACUGGGCGCCACCAUUGGAACGCGCGUCUUUAGUCAGCGGUGCUUUUUCUGGUGCAUACAUGGGAGCGGCUCUGUCAAUGGCUCAAAAUGUGACUGCUUUGCCGUCAAUGUCCUGGCAAGAACUGUUUUAUGUGUCUGGCUGCUACUCUCUCUUGUGGUGCAUUGUCUGGUUUGCCUGGGGUGCCGAGGAUCCAGAAGAGGAUCCGAUGAUAACAGAUCAGGAAUUUAAUUACCUCAUGGAAAAUAAAGCUCGACACUGGGAAGAUAAACUGAAUAUUCCAUGGCGAAAAAUUCUUCUCUCAACUCGCGUUUGGGCCAUUAACAUUUGCCACUUUGCUGCUAAUUGGGGCUUCUAUACCAUAUUGACAGAACUUCCAUCAUUCAUGAGAUAUGCACUGCACUAUGAUGUGAAAGAAAUGGCUGCAGUGGCCUCUCUUCCUUUCUUGGCAAUGGCUCUUUCAGCUGCUUUCGGAGGAAUUUUCAUUGAUAAAACUCUGCUUCGCUUCCUGAGCACAACUUAUACUCGAAAAGUGACGGUGUGCAUCACAUUCCUUGCACAAAUGAUGUUCUUUUUCCUAGCUGGGAAAGCCACUGAAAGACAUGAAUUUGUACUCUGUUUUGUUGGUGCUCUAUUCUUUGGUGGAUUGUCUUGGGCGGGAUUCAGUGCUAAUCACCUGGACAUUGCACCUGACUAUGCCAGUGUUCUACUUGGAAUUUCCAACACCUUUGGAACCAUCCCUGGUAUUGUUAGCCCUCUCUUAACAAGCUACAUUGUUGAUCAAAAGGACGACCCAGCAUCUUGGUCUGUGGUGUUUCUUAUAUCUGGAUAUAUCUACGCUGCUGCAGCUUUCUUCUAUGUGAUGUUUGGUUCUGGUGAAAUACAAGAUUGGGCGAACAGCGAUGAGUCUCAGAAACUUACUUCAUCCAGGAAGAAAACUAAUAAUGAUGCGGAGACUGGACCUGAAGUCCAUUCUGAUUAAUAACUUAAUCCCACAUUUGUGAGGAUUGUAUUUGAAAAUUAUUGCUUCUGCUACGCUUUUAUUCCCUUCAAAUCUCCGGCUCCGAAUCUCUAUCUCCCUAUUAUAAGUAGAUUUUAGUGAUAUCCAAGAGAAAACCUUGAAUGUUCUUGUGAAUUAUAUUUGGUGAUGGUGUUCCAUGGAAAUGCUAUCAGAGCCAUGUAUGCUUUUCUAGCAGGUGUGUUACGUAUUAUUUUGCAGGUUGGUUGAUUGUAUCAUAAAAACAUUUGAGUGUUAAGGUUUUUUUUCUGCUGUGUUUUUUGUCUUGACUUUUGUGAGUUUUCUUUUGUAUGAUCUUUCAGAGUUUAUUAUUGUUAAGUUUAACAGAAAAGCUAAUGUGAAGUACUUAUAUUUUCUAGUCAGCUUAACUUGUGUCUCUCCACACAUUGAGCAAUCUCAUAAGGAAUAACAUUUGUUAAUUUUAAUAGGUUCCUUUGUUAAUUUUAUAAUUUUACAAUGAGCUGCAAAUUAUAUGUGUAAGGGUUUGUCAAUUGGUACGAUAUAAGUUGGCCAUAAAAUGUUUUUGAGCUAUAACAAUAUCCAUUCUAUGGAUUUUGUUACCAUGCAACAUUGUGCAAUUAUUUGUUUGGUGCCCUUUGACGGCUCAGGCUGAUUGAUAGUGAUUUGAUUGUGAUGUUCGUCGAAAUGAUGGAAUAAUUUAAAUGACAAGUGACGUCUGAAGUAUGUUUGUGCGAGGCCUCCUUAUUUUUAAUGACUGAACAUAAGACGUUUAUUUUUUUAUUCUUUUCUCUUUGUUAGAAAUAAUAUUAUUUUUAACUUAUUGACUGUCCUAUUACCUUAAAGUUGCAUUUGAGCAAGAUGGUAAGCGUGCCAAACUCCAUAAAUUUUCCUUUUCAUAAGCUUGGAGCUUUUUUGUCAUUCUAACUUUUGAAAAUUCUUUGUAACUUGAGGCAUUUAGUUCUUGGAAAGUGAAAGGCCUUCCGGGUGCCUAAUUUGUUUUGAAUAUUCUAAUAAUGUAGUAUGAAGGGAUAAAAUGAUUUAUGAGGUGGGCCUAAUAGUGCGUAUUUGUUGUAAAUCAUGAUUGACUUUUUUCAUAUCAGUAUAUUCUGUCCUCUUACCAGCCCCGCUACAUCUCUAUUAUGGCUGCACUGUGAUCUAUUGAUCAGUAUUCUUAUAUAUUCUAGAAUAGAAACAAGACGCCUUGUCGUUUGUCCACAAUAUGUGUGCUAUGCAAAUAAAAAUAAAGAUGGGCCUUGUGCAUGAUA